UUCGUAAACAACAGAGAUCCCUCGGGUUAUGAAUUACAUUCAUUCGUAAACAAACAGAUUUUGCUUUCUUGUUCUUUUUUAUCGGGCGUUCCUUUUUGAUUUCUUAUUUGUUUUGUUCGAAAAGUCCACUAAGAAGCUUAUCGUGGGGAGCGAGUUAAAUAUAUAAAACAUUUAAUGUUAAAAAAAUUGCAAAUAUUUGUGGAUUUUUACAUUUACUGCUACUGGUGAUUUCGAAAAAAAAAUCUAAUCUAAAAUUAAAUUCAAGCAAGUAGAAUGUUGCAACAUUACAGUGGCCAAAAAUAAAAAUAUCUCAAACGAAAGAAAAAAGUGACGUCAUAUGGCAAAGAAAAAUUAUUCAUUCCAAAAAUGUUUCUGUAUCCAAUUAUAAACUAGUCAGUGGCAGAAGAAUCGUUUGAUAACACGGAACAUUAAGCGUGUUGUGUUUUGUUAUAGUUCAGAUUGAAAAUAGUAAUUAAAUUACUUUACAUGGCAAUGUUAUCUUGCUAUUGCUCCUAGCUGAUUCCAGACCAGAGACACUGGGUAGAUGAAAAUUACUGGAUAUUACUUUGAUGAUACGAGUGGUAAUUUGAACUGUAAUUGAUCGUUCAACUACAAAAAUUUGAUUCAAAGGCAAACCAAAUCGAAAUAUUUCCAAUUACUACAUAAUGCAUCGAUCCGAUUCAAUACGAAGGGAUCGUUCCUUCGAUAGUGUUCUGAAUAAAUUAAUGCGUAUACGAUCGCAGAAUCAUGAAAGUUUUAAAGCAGCCAUGUAUAAUUUCCUCAUCGCAGCGGGUGUUGCUGCAUUUGUGGCGGUAUGUUUUAUACUUGGACCGUUUGUACGGCCCCUUCUGUGGGCCUUCUUAAUGGGUGCUGUAUUGUUUCCAUUUAAACGGAAACUGGCACAAUUACUGAACGGUUGGUUUGAAAAACUCGAAGAACGUGAUUCCAAUGUCUUUGUUUCGCUGUGUCUGGCCCCUUUGGAGGCUACCGAAAGUUGCGGUAGUUUUUUGGUGAAUUGGCUGAAAGUUCAUUGGCAAGUUAUAACAGCAGGUGUAGGUAUUGCAACCUGUAUAAAACUAUUGGUUUUAUAUGCUCCCAAAGGGUUUUUGUGUGCCAUUUGGCGUUUGAUUGUAUUCUCGCACUCGUUGUUUGUCCAGCUCAUAGGCUAUUUGAAUAUUUAUUUGUUGGUGGCCAUAAUUGCUGUCUACCUUACCUCGGUCUAUUUCUUUUGGAAAGAAGCGAAUAGCAAUCGUUUUGUAAUUGCGGGUCAAUCUUUGUGGAUUGCCAUUGUCUCAUAUGGUUGUAGCUUUUUGGGAGCCUUACAAGUUCCUGCCUUCAUAUUGAUUAUGUUAUAUGUUGGAGCCUCUAUUGUCUAUCAUUUGCAAAAUACUGAAGAAUCCAGUUCUAUGGUUGAGAAAGUAAAAAAAUUGCUUGAUCGAUCGGAUUUUGAAAAAUCCAUAAAUUCCCUACGUUUGCAAAAUAAAAAACAAAGUCUACACUCAGAUAUUGAAGAUGUCUCGUUUAGUGAAACCAUGGAUUCAAUGGAAACUUUAGAGGCAUACGAAGAUCAUGGUGACCACAAGGAACAUAAUGAUGACGAUGAACCCCAAAUGAGUGGCACAUAUUUUAAAUUUCUCUUUUAUGCUUGCAUGGCAACAUUUUUAUAUCGCAAUGUUUGGAUGUUUAUAUUGGCUUUAAUACCCAUGUUUAUGCAUUUACUUUACCAACUGGGCAUAUACACGGGAUUUACGGAUUUUGUGACGGAAAAGUUAAAUGAUAUCUACAACAAAUUGAAGUCUUGGGCCAUAGUACAUCAUUCGGCUGUUUUGCCUUUGUGUCUUCCUGGUGUCUUGGAAUUGAACUACAAAAUCAAUGGCAUCAUUCGCAACUCUCUCAAAUCUUCAGUGGACUUGGUCACUUCUAUUCUAAUGAUAAUUCUUAUGAUCCUUAUUAUUGUGUUCUUGGGUGUAUUCUUUUGUGUCAACAUUUAUUCUGAAACUAUUGAGGUGGCCUAUUUGGGCAAAGAUUUAAUUAACAAAACAAUUACUGAUCGCCCAGAAUUGAUUGAUAUUUUACCAGCAAAUAUUCAAUCAUCAUUGGAUGAUGCUUUGGAUAAUGCCCAUCAUUAUGGACGGCGUAAAAUUGAAACCUAUAUUGAUGAUUGGUUAACUGAUGCUGACCCGGUACAUGCAACCAAAUUAAAGGAGCAAAUAUUAGAUGUUUGGGAUCGUCUCAUACAGUACUGGAUAGAUUUCAAUAAAUCAGAUUCCUAUGGGCCACGUGUUCCCACGGAUGCCUUGAAAACUACAUUUGGUGAAAUUGUCGAUAAUCCUGGACAUUUUAAAGAGCUAGUUUUAGUGGCGAAACAGGGCAUCAUUGGCUGGGCCAAAAGCAAUACACAAACCAUAAUGGAAGUGGCUGAAUCGCUGUGGCAUAUUAUACGUACGAAUCUGUCAAUGAUUAUGGCGUUUACGGGAGAAAUUAUAUCGCUGGUAUUGUCGGGAGGACAGGCCUGUGUUGAAUUUAUUUUGGAUAUGAUUGUUUUCUUUACGGCUCUGUUUUAUUUGUUAUCGAGUAGUCAAACGAAAUAUGCUCCCCUCCAAGUUACCAAAUACAUUGGCUUCUCUUCGUCAGGCUCUAAAAUUGCUGAUGCCUUGGAAAAUUCAAUAUCCGGUGUAUUAAUAUCAAUGUUCAAGUGUUCGCUGUUUACGGGCCUCUUUACAUGGCUGGUACAUACCGUAUUUGGAGCGCGCAUUGUGUUUUUACCCUCCGCAUUGGCAGCUAUUUUAUCUGCUGCCCCCUUUUUGGGUUCUUAUUGGUGUUCGCUGCCGGCUCUUUUGGAGUUAUGGUUGGCCCAGGAUCGCCUUUAUGCUGGCAUUGCAUUAUUUUUACUACAAUUCUUUGUGCCGCCUUAUUUCGAGGCAGCCAUUUAUGCUGAAAUGAAGGGGGGUGGUCAUCCAUAUUUAACCGGCUUGGCAAUUGCUGGUGGCAUGUACUGGAUUGGUUGGCAGGGUGCCAUAUUUGGACCAUUAUUGUUAUGCUUCUUUAUUGGUUUAUUUGAAGUUGCAGCUGUAGCCAUGCGUUCAAACGGAGAUGUCAGACGUAGCUCUGAUGAAGAUACUCGUACAACUGUACGUCGUCAUUCCUUUUGUUAUUACUACUAAAACAACUAAAACAAAAACAGAAACAAACCAAAAACUUUUAUUUAAAAAAUUGUCUUAUUUUGAAAACAAAUUGUGGAUUUAAAUAAAUGUUUUAUUAACGUUUUUCUAAAAUUACUACCACCACUACGACUUCUUCUACUACUACAAUUACUAAACAUCUACACUAAUACUCUUUGAAUUUGACAACGAAUGAAUUUAAAUACAAAAUAUUUAUUUAUUUAAUACUGGUUAAAACCAAAACAGUACUUAUUAAAGUAUGAAUGUAUUCCAAAAAACAUGACGAUCACUUAUUAACAAAAAUGUUGUAUACAAUAUUAAAUUUUUAUUUUAUAUUUCACUACAAUACGAUGUAGUGUUAUUAGGUUACUAAAACACCGUCCGAUGUUUAAAUGUCGAUACAAUGGGUAAAAUGACAGUAUUGUAUAUAUACCCUACGCCACAUUGUGGUACAGAGUAUUAUGUCUUUGUGAAUUCGUUUGUAACAUGCUAAAGGAAACGAAAUAGACCAAUAAGUCCCAAUGAUGAUCUUCAUAGAAUCACAUUCUUUGUCGAUUUAUGCAUGUCCGUCCGUCUGUUUAUUUAUUUUUGUAAACAAAGUACAGGUCGCAUUUAUUUUUUGAUUGAGAUGAAAUUUUCCAAAAAUCAUUCAAAAAUCAUUUGUUAAUCAUUGAAAUUGGUGAUAAUCGGAUCAGAUUUUAAUAUAGCUCCCAUACAUAGUGUCGUCCGAUUUCAUAAGUAUUGUGCACCAGAUGCGUAAUAUCAAUCCGAACGAAAUCAAUUUUAGCAUAGACGGCCAUAUUCAGUCCAGAAGUAUGUCUGGUAAUUUUGGUGAAUAUCGGUUCAGAUUUAGAUAUAACUCCCAUAUAUAUAUUCUUCCAAAUGAAAUGAAUUUGGAUGAAUCCAAUUCAGAAGCAAGCACUUCAAAUUUGAUGAAAACUAGUUAAGAUAUAUUUAUAGCUAAGACCUUAUAUUCGUAUUAUGCACUCCACAACAAUGAUAUUUGUCAAAUUUGAUCGAUAUCGUUUGAGAUUUGGAUACAGCUUCCAUAUAUAUCUUCAUCCGAUUUGACGGUUAUUGGGCACCAUGGGACCCCAGCCCAAAAAAGAUGGAUUUUUGCACAUUCAACUGCAAAUAAGACAUUUGUUGAAACUCGGUUCCCAUAUAUUUAGAUCUUCGAUAAAUAUUUUUUAAUAUAAUCAUAUGAAACACUCUUUAACAAUAUUAUUUGGUUCGAGAGGUACAAAUGUCUUCGUAAUAUUUGGUGGAAAUCGAUUAAGAGUUGGGUAUACAUCCCAUAUAUUAGUAUCCUCCGAUUCCAAAGUAUAACUGGUCUAAAGCUAUAAUAUACGUUCAAAAAAGAUUCACAAUUGCUAUGAUCUACUUCCAUAAAUUCCCAAUAUAAAUAUUUUUGUUAUGCCCGACUUUUGACCUUUUUACUGUUUUUUUUUUUGACAAAGUUAUUUUUAAAACCAGAAUGCCUGUCUUUGGGAAGGAUUAAUUGUAAUCAAAGGAAGUGUAACCGAUCACAUAGGAGAAAAACAUUUUUUCGCAGAACAAUUAAAGUUGUUUCCAUGCAAGACUUAAAGGUCUUUUCAUAUAAGACCUGAAGAAUGUUCUUUAAACAUCUAACAUUCGAAAUUGUUUAGAACAUAUAUAUCAACAUGAAUUAAAAUAUAAACCAACUUUCUAAAAGGGCUGACAAGGGGUCAUGGGAUAUAUUAUGUUCUAACUAAAUCGGCUGGAAAUAUAAUACCGAUAAAUAAAUAUGUGAUACCAAUAGUGUUUACUGUAUUUUACCCACUGUACCGUUUAACAUUAUUUUUGGCCUGUGUAAAAUUUGUUUAGUUUGUUGUUUGUUUUUUUUUUUUUUUUGUAUUUCUGUAAUUCUUUAAUUGACAUUAAUUUUUAUUACUGAACAUACCCCUUCCAUUACCCUUCCCCUAAACAAAGUGAUAAUUUUUAUUUACCAGAAAAAAAAUGUAUAAAUGUUUCAAUUUUAUAAGUUUUCUUUCUUCCAAAAUCCUAAUUCCCUUCUUAUUUUGUUAAAAAAUUAAAAAACAACACACACGGUGUUUCCAAAAAGCACUACUACCUCGAAUAAAUAUAUUUGUAUGUAAUUAAAAUAAUUCAGUUGUAAUUAAAAGAAAUUAAAUUUCCAAACAAAACAAAAAA